AGGCCAGUCUCUCGGCCCAGCUCCCCCGAGAGGCGGCCGGAUCCUCUGGGCGGCUCGGUCGAUGCCUUUGCCCCUGACUUCCAGGCAUGAGGUGGCUCCUGCCCUGGACACUGGCAGCGGUGAUAGCAGUAGCCGCGGGAAGCGCCCUGGCCGCGGCCUUCUCUCCAGCCCCCACGGCCAUGACCUUCACCCCAGUGCCACUGGAGGAUACAUCUUCACGCCCCCAAUUCUGCAAGUGGCCAUGUGAGUGCCCGCCGUCCCCACCCCGCUGCCCACUGGGGGUCAGCCUCAUCACAGACGGCUGUGAAUGCUGUAAAAUGUGUGCUCAGCAGCUCGGGGACAACUGCACAGAGGCAGCCAUCUGUGACCCCCACCGGGGCCUCUACUGCGAUUACAGUGGGGACCGCCCGAGGUACGCAAUAGGAGUGUGUGCACAGGUAGUCGGCGUGGGCUGCGUCCUGGACGGGGUGCGCUACACCAACGGCCAGUCCUUCCAGCCCAACUGCAAGUACAACUGCACGUGCGUGGACGGCGCGGUGGGCUGCACACCCCUGUGCCUGCGCGCGCGCCCCCCGCGCCUCUGGUGCCAUCGCCCCCGGCGGGUCAGCGUCCCCGGCCGCUGCUGCCAGCAGUGGGUGUGCGACCCCGACGCCAGGAGGCCACGCAAGACAGCGCAGCGCCACACCGGCGCCCUAGCGGCCACAGGUGAGACGGAGCCGUGGCACGGGAACUGCCUGGCCUACACGAGCCCCUGGAGUCCCUGCUCCACCACCUGCGGCCUGGGGGUCUCUACUCGCAUCUCCAACGCCAACAGCCACUGCUGGCCCGAGCAAGAGAGCCGCCUCUGCAACCUGCGGCCCUGUGACGUGGACAUGCGUCCACACAUCAAGGAAGGGAAGAAGUGUUUGGCCGUGUACCAGCCAGAGGCGCCCAUGAACUUCACCCUCGCCGGCUGCAUCAGCACACGCUCCUACCGGCCGAAGUACUGUGGGGUCUGCACGGACAGCAGAUGCUGCAUCCCCUAUAAGUCCAAGACCAUCGAUGUCUCCUUCCAGUGUCCCGAUGGGCCUGGCUUCUCCCGCCAGGUCCUAUGGAUUAAUGCUUGCUUCUGCAACCUGAGUUGUAGGAAUCCCAACGAUAUCUUUGCUGACUUAGAAUCCUACCCUGACUUCUCAGAAAUUGCCAAUUAGGCAGGCACAAAACACGGGGCUUGGGGCCUGGCCCAAUGUUUGUAAAGCCAACCCUCUGAGGACCACAGCUGAGCCUUCUUUGUCCACUUCCCACGGACUUCUAACUGUCCUGAUCCAGAUCCUUGGCCCCCUGUCCUAUCUCCAGCCACCCAAAUGACCCAUUAUGGUGCUGCUCGGUCCCAGAGUAUGAGUCCCCUCCUUGGCAGCAUGCUGCAUACACUCCAGAGAAAGUGCCCAUCUCCAAUGAUUCUGGACAAAACCCAAGCCUGUCCAAGUCACCGGAAGUCUUGCUGGAUCUUGCCGGAGUCCCGAGGAGCAGAAUCAGCUAGGCAUUUAAUAUCACCCAUUCCCGUUCUCGAUGCUAAGCCACAAGACUCUUUGGGUCCAUUCAGAAGGACAGAUGGGAUUUAGGACACUGGAACAGUCUAUCAUCUGGGCCCUGCCAAGGGGCAUUCUAAUAGAUAGUUCUGACCAUAGCAUACGCCAGUAGCUCUGAUUCUGGAGAUUUGCGCACCCUAAGGUCACCAAAAAUUUGCCAAGUGAGGUGAAUGGUUGUUUGGUUUUGAUUUUUAAAGGAAAAUUGUGUUCAUUAACCCAGGCUUUGUGGAGGUUAAGUUUCUCUUCAGCCCUGUCGUGUAAAGGGUACAAACUGGGCUCAUUCUGGUCAGAAAUGCAAUUUGAUAACUUUCAUUCUUAUUCAUGGGAAAAGUCUCCAGUCAAUACUGCAGGGUCAGGGCAGGGUCAGCCAAUUUUCAGAAGAGGUGAUGGACUAGCAUGAAUCUGCUGCUGACGCACAGGACGCUGGGCACUUGGCCAACUCUGCCGCACAUCUAGACCCUCUCCCUGCUUGAGGGCUCAUGGGAGUUGGUGGAGCCCCUAGGAUGGCCUCCAGGGCCCCUGGGAGUGGCAUCCCGGGACAUUCCUCUGCUCUUGCAGAGCCCUGGGAGGCCCAGCAGAUGUCUGGGCCAGCCCCACUUGAAAUAACUGACACGGUGGCAGGCUGUAUGUGGGUCAAACCAAGAAGUGGAUCCACUCGGCAUCAGCCUAGGGCAGCAGGGUCAGGUCACAUACUGGGCACAGGACACCUCUCUUUCUGCCACAGGGACCCUUUCCAGAGACUUCGGGUCUGUUGACCCAAACAACCCAGUUCUGGUGUGAAGACAGAGGCUUACCAGUUGUUUAGAAACAGAAAUAUAUUUAACCAGGAUUAAAAGCCAAAAAGGGGUUGGAGCUUAAAAGGAACAGAAAGUUGUUAUGAGUGGAAAUGAGGCUAUUAUUUAUCUUAUUAGUAGAAUAUAAAUAUUUACUGUUAUAAUUCUUUUAUUUAGUACCUUUUGUGUAACAGACCUAGUUCUCAGUGCUAUAUGUGUGUUAGCUCGUGGAGAAGCUUCGCAAUCAUGCUGAAAAGUGCCCAUUAUUAUUUCUAUUCUUACAAAUGUGAAAUGGAAGCUCAGAGAGGUAUGGAGCCUUGACCAAAGUUGCCCGGCUGGUGAGUCGAGGAGCGGGGAUUCUAACCCAAGUCCGGCUGACUUUCUAACCCAUGUUGUUGCCCCUAUACUUAGAGCUUCCAGACGUGUCGAGAAGGAAAAUAUAUCCGCAUCACCGACUUCACGCUCUCGUUUUUCAGUCUUUUUACUGUCUCUCUGGCUCCUUUCCCAAGACAAGAGUAUCUGACUUUCUGAUAAUUUAGGUGCCUGAGCAUCCAAAAAUAUAUGGGCUAGACAAAAACCCACGAAUCCCCUACCGAUAGCCCCCUCAAAUCAGAACUAGAUCUCAUUGUGCAUUUAAAAGACGAUUUUGUUUACCCAAUGCUGCAGAUGAGGGAUGUGUGGGCUAUUUCCCAGGGAAUUCUUUAUGGUGUACAGAGGGAUUCUGUAGUAGGACAAAAGGAAGGUGCCCUCCUGACCGUGACCUCCCACUUGCUUGGCCCAGUACAAGGCAUACAGCGGAGCUCAACACGUAUUUGAUGAAUAAAAGAACCUGUGUAUGUUUUCCUA